GUAUUUAAGUGAAGUCGUGUCAUAUUCGACUUUGAUUGAUCACAAUAUUUUGGACUUUCUUAUGUCCAAAAAACUUAACUAAUUAUAUAAAUAAUUUCUAACACAAAAGAUGACCUACUUUUGCCUCUCAUGUGACCGACCAUUUCCCACUCUUUGACCUGUCCUUGAUAAUUCCAUGUUUUCCCUCCUUCUCUUCUUUGUAUAAAACUAGCUUUUUUCCAUUUUCAUAAACUCAUUCCUUAAAUCAUACCCAAAAAACUUUCUACAACCAUAACAAAAAUACACAAAAAACAAUGAUGAAACCGGGAUUCGAACUCGAGAUCACUGAACUAAGGCUAGGUCUUCCUGGUGGAAGGACAACAAACCCUUUAAGAGAUGAUCAAGGGGAAGUGAAAAAUGAUAAGAAAAGGAUGUUUUCUGAGAUAGGCGGCGGCGAUGACGGCGGAGGUGGAAGCGCCACCGAGAAAAUGUCUGUUGGAAGCAAUAAGACGGCGGCGGUAGGGUGGCCGCCGGUAUGCUCCUACAGAAGGAAGAGCAUUGGAAGUGAGAAGGAUUGUAUGGAAGCUUCUAAAAGGUUAAUUAAGAUAAGUAUGGAUGGUGUGCCUUUUCUUAGGAAAAUUGAAGUGAGUUGCUACCAACAAUAUUCUGAUUUUGUUGUUGCUGUUGAAAACCUCUUUGGUUGCCCUGGAAUUAUAGAGGCAUUGGAAGAUGCAGACAAUUGUGAGUACGUUCCCAUUUACGAAGACAAAGAUGGAGACUGGCUGCUUGUUGGGGAUGUCCCUUGGAAUAUGUUUGUUGAGUCAUGCAAGAGGCUAAGGAUAAUGAAAAGAGCUGAUGCAAAAGGGUUUGGUUUGCAAUCCAAGAAGCAGUGCCAUGGAUGAAUUGCCAUAAGACAACAUGGAAGAUCACUAUAAGAAGCUAGCUCUAUGGAUUAAGUAAACCCUAGACAUUAAGUAUUUAUUAAGAGACACAUACUUAUACUAUUAGAUACUUUAAUUAUAUAGAUUAUAUUUAAUGUUUUUAAUUAUUAUUAUAAGUUUAUGUUUAAUUGAGAUUAAUAUGAAAAUUUACAAAUUAAACUCACUUCUAUUUAGAUGAUAUAUGAACUAGUUUAUGUUAUGUGUGCAUGAUGAGCUAGCCCAUGUGGAUGGGUUAUGACUUGUUUGAAUAAGAGUGGGAUGCUAAUCCACUAUUAUUAUUAUUAUUAUUAUUA